CUGAUAUUUGUACUGAUUACAUUUAUGAUUGCAUAUACUAUAUAUACAGGGUAAAGAAACCAAUCAAAGGGAUUAUUCUUAGUCCUAAAACAGAGUAUAGCAAAACACAGUUACUCAUCAAUGGACGACUUUUAUUCUUCUAUAUGGCUUCAUCAAGAGAGCAUUGAUGAAAUAAGCCAGAAUCUGCAGAACACUCUGUUCGAGCUAGAAACGUUGAAAAUGGAAGCCAACGAGAAAACAAGAACACAUACAGAAGAAGUCAAUCAACUUAUCACUCUACUCAAAUCCACUCAACAAGAACGAGAUGAAGCUAGACAGCAACUAUCUCAGUUUCUCAUCCAAACCCAAAACACUAAUUCAAGAACCACCACUGAAUCAAACAGCCUUUCUCCCCAAGGAUCUUCUUCUCCCCUUUCUUCCUCAGUACGGACCAUUCAUCAUCCUCAGCCGUCGAUGAUCCUCGAAGAUCCAACGGCUCAAAAUCAUCAUCAGCCCGAUCCUCUGGACAUUCUAGUGAUGGGGAAAGCUUUUCCCGAAACGGGAAAGCUUUUAAAAGCGGUGGUUGAAGCUGGACCGCUUCUUCAAACGCUUCUUGUGGCGGGAACCCUGCCGAAAUGGGUAAACCCACCGCCUCAAACGGAAUCGCAGCGUUUUGAAUUACCUCCUCUGACUCCUCCUGUUUCGUCUAAAGGGCGGGAUGAUGUCAGUAGUAGCGGCGCGUCAGGACGAUGUGAUUCACUGAUGUGUUCUGGUUCGGUUAUGAGAUUUGGGUUGGAUCAAACGAUGGUAACCGGGAAGAAGCAGAGAUUAGAGUAGCUUAGGGAUAUUCAAUCCAGAUAUCGGUUUGGUUUUUUUAGUUUUUGAUAUUUCGGUUAGUCAAAUAUAAUUACCAUUCUAAAUCCAUAUUUAUUUGGGUUCAGUUUAUAUACCGUCGGUUUUCGGUUUAUUCGGUUUUAUACCAAAAAAACAUAAUUGUUUAGUUUGAAGUCAUAUUAUAUGAAUUUUAGAGUCAUCUUGUCAAUACAA